AUGUCGGAGAAGAAACCAAAAGUUACUAUCGACGAUAUAUACGAGUUGCUGAAAGAGGUCAAUAACAAUCUAACCACUAAAAUUGAGAAAAUUGAUCAGGAUCUGAAAACCAUAUCAGCGAAAGUAAGUCAGGAGAUUGAAGAGACGAAAGACAAAGUUACUACACUAGAAACCGAAAAUUCAGAACUGAAAAGACGCAUUGAAGAAACUGAAAGAAAACUUAAAUCGAAUAAUCUAAUAGUUUAUGGAAUAAAAGAAGACAAUUUAGAAACAACAGCGAGUUUAGUAGAUGAAAUCGAAAAGAUAAUAAAGGAAAAACUGGAAUUGAAUUUAAAUAGCUCAGAAAUAACAAACACCUAUAGAAUUGGAAAAGACAAAGGAAAGAAACGGCCAAUUCUGGUCACUAUUAACUCACAAAUGAGAAAGAGAGAAAUACUUAAAAAUUGUUACAAACUAAAGGGAACAAAUAUUUACAUUAGCGAAGACCUGAUUGGAAAAGAUUUGGAAGAAAGAAAAAUUUUAGUAAAUUAUAUGAAAGAGGCUAGAAAAAACAACAAACAAGCCAGUAUUCGGGGAAACAAAUUACUAGUGGAUGGUAACCUCUACUCGAUACAAGAACUGGAGGAUAACAACAUAAAAAAGACAGACUACUUCUCGCCACCCCCAGAACGAAGAGCAACUAGUGAACCCUCAACACCAAACGUUUUUGUGGAUGAACUUGAAGAAAAAACAAGAGAAAACAUACACGAAGUCAAGGAGGAGAAGAAAUUAGAUAUUCCUGACAAGAAAAAAACAGCGAGAAAACAAGUGGAACACCGUCCCAGCCCUACAUCCAGAGAUACACCAAGAAAAAGAAGUGCCACCCGUUCAACUACAAGUAAAAGAAAUUAA